UUUAGGAGGGCAGUAUGCGGUUUGGGACGGAGCCAUACUAACAGAGGCUGCACGUUCAUUCGUGUCACCCAAACCACUUCCCUGCGAAAACACUGUUAUUAAAGCCUCCAGUGCCAGGCAAUGACAAAUAUUUAAUAACAAAUCGUUCCGAGAAGAAAAGGAUUCGAGAUGAUGCAGAAGAAACAGACGCGGUUUGCAUUCGGAUUUAUUUCUGUAGCGCUCCGCGGUGUUUUUUGUGUCUCCUAGCGCGUCUGCGGAGGAUUUUCGCCGUGAUCUCUCUUUAUAAACCCACAGGCGAGCCACAAGCUUCUCAGAUUCGAAGGCUUUUCAUCAUCAUCAUCAUCAUCACCUCUGCGAUCAUGUGGAGCUCGUCUGCGUGACCCCUGCACCACCCUUUAACCAUUCAGGUCCUCUUUAAGGACUCUUCACACAGACUACAGAGCAGGUGGACGAAAACAUUCAUCUAACGAAGAGAAAUCAUCCACUUUUCUGUUUUCUUCUGAAUGCACACAUGGGGACUGGAGAUUUCCAUGUCAUUUCCUGGCUAACGUAAAGACCGAAUGGAGAAACUCGUUUAGAAGAUGCAUGUCAUCAGGGCGAAAUGAUCCGUUUCAGGUUGCUGUUGUCCUUAAUGGCUUUUAUGAUGAGAAGAUGGAAGGUGUUGGUGGUGCUGAACGCCUUUGCGGUAGCGGGUUUCUUCACUUUUUGGGGAAAGUGUGAUGUACGGCUGAACAAACUUGUUAACGGUCACACUCGCCUCAAUGGAUCUUCUUCAGAUGCAAGCAUCAGUCACGAGGUCCUGCUGAAGAGGCUUGGCUCGUUGGAAGAUGUGGUUUACAGGCAGCUAAAUGGUUUGUCCAAAUCUCUUGGUCUUAUUGAGGGCUUCAGAGGCCAGGGAAAAGGUGGCUUUCAUGCCACACUGACUCCCGAGGAGGAAAAGCAAGCCAAAUACCUGCAGGAGAAGUACGGCUACAAUGCGUUCCUGAGUGACAGGAUUUCCCUGGACAGGACUAUCCCAGACUAUCGGCCCAACAAGUGCAAAAACAUGUUUUAUCCCAGAGACCUGCCCCAGAUCUCCCUUAUCUUCAUCUUUGUGAACGAGGCGCUGUCAGUGAUCCUGCGAUCUGUGCACUCGGCCGUCAAUCACACUCCGCCUCAUCUGCUGAAGGAGAUCAUUCUAGUAGACGAUAACAGUGAUGACGAGCAACUGAAAGGUCCACUUGAAGAAUAUGUCAAUAAACGGUACCCAGGCCUUGUCAAAAUCGUGCGCAAUCAGAAGCGAGAGGGCCUCAUCCGUGCUCGCAUCGAGGGCUGGAAAAUAGCCACAGGGGAGGUGACAGGCUUUUUCGAUGCCCACGUAGAAUUCACCCCUGUUUGGGCUGAACCAGUUCUAUCCAGAAUUAAGCAAGACCCCAAGAGGAUUAUCCUACCCUCAAUAGACAACAUCAAACACAAAUCAUUUACCCUGGAGCGCUAUGAGAACUCAGGCCAUGGUUUCAACUGGGAGCUGUGGUGCAUGUACAUCAGUCCUCCGAAGCAAUGGUGGGACGAGGGAGACACUUCUGCACCCAUCAGGACGCCUGCAAUGAUAGGCUGUUCAUUUGUGGUAAACCGGCACUACUUUGGAGAGUUGGGUCUGCUCGACUCCGGCAUGGAUGUCUAUGGUGGAGAAAAUAUAGAGCUUGGAAUUAGGGUUUGGCUAUGUGGGGGCAGUAUGGAGGUCUUGCCAUGCUCUCGGGUGGCACACGUUGCCAGGACGAAGAAGCCAUACCACAGCAACAUAGCCUUUCACACCAGGCGCAAUGCACUGCGGGUGGCUGAAGUAUGGCUGGAUGAGUACAAGUCUAAUGUGUACAUGGCCUGGAACAUUCCAAUGGAGAACCAUGCUAUUGAUUACGGCGACAUAUCAGAGCGUGUGGCACUGAGGAAACGUCUGCAGUGUAAAAACUUUGAGUGGUACCUCGAUAACAUCUACCCAGAGAUGAGGCGAUACAACAGCACACUGUUUUAUGGAGAAAUUCGUAACUCCAACGUGACCCAUCUGUGUGUGGACCAGGGUGUGAAGGAGAACCACACAGCAACCCUUCACCCUUGCCAUGGAUGGAACCCACAGCUUGGCCGCUAUACCAAGGAGGGAUACCUGUUUGUGGGACCUUUGGGAAGCACUGGAGAUGACACCUGCUGUGUGAUUGAUGAUAUGAUCAGCAGCUUCCCUCAGAUCGUCAACUGCGACAAAGUGUCCAACAUGGGACAAAAGACAUGGAACUUUGUACAGAAUGAAUCGAUCGUGAACCGGGCCACAGGUCGCUGCCUAGAGGUGGUAAAGGCCAACGUGUCCUUCGGCUAUGCGCUGGUUCUGCAGGCCUGCACUGGUCAGAGGUGGAACAUCAAAAACACGGUGAGGCAGCAACAGGGACUCUGAGGGAGUCCAAACCAGCAAAUAAGACUGGUACACGCAAAACGCCAGAAGGGUUGAAAAGUACAGCAAGGGACUGCUUUCAGCUUUGUGGUCUGAUCUGACUUCCUUGAUUUAGAGUUUAUUAGGAGUGAACUGCUCUCAGAGAAACUCUCCACACUCAGUCCUUCUACACAACAAGAGCUUUUGAUAGAUAUAUGUGUGUUCCUCAAAAAGAGUGGCCAUCUACUAGAAACUUUAAUAAAAAAAAAGGACCAAAAAAUCAUACUAUGGAACAAUACUGGUUCAAGAAGUUUUAAUAACAGCAUUCCAUGUCAAGUAAAACCUUUUCUUCAGGGUGCUACAAACAUUUAGCUCUUUUUGGGGUUUUAAGUGGUCUCUUUCAUCUAUUGCUUAUAUAUUUUGCCUAUUAUAGAAGUCAUGGACUAUUUCUGUUCUUUUGUCUUUCACUAGCUCAGUGGAAAAUGCUCAUAAUGACGGAUGUACAGUUCAUUUGCUUAGGCUUUACUAUUUGUUUGUGGAUAUUGAUUGUUUUUGUUUAAUCUCACAUCCCAUGAAGAAGACAUUCCUUUUUUUAAGUAACAGAAUCUGUUGUUGACUUAAAAAACUCAGUAGCAUGACCUCUUAAUAUGCAAAAGGGAAAUAAUUCUACAGUAGAGUAAAAUUUGUGUAGGUAUAUUAAGAUAUAGUUAGGUAAGAUAUUUUUUGAAUUUUAGACUGAGUGUAAUAAGACGUGUGUAAAUGAAUGCUGCUGGUGCUCAUGGUCAAAUGGUUUUGGUGAUGGAAAUUCUCCCAUACUGUCUUCCAUUAAAUAAAAAAGACAUUUUAAAUAAAAUGAUGAAUUACUCUGCUUGGGUAUCACAUGUGAGUGAACAACCAGAUUAGAAGAAGUUAAUUGCACUGGCUACAUAAAAUAAAUUAUGUUUUUAAUAAGAGCAGAAUAGAUAUUCCUUUUCCCCAAGUAACCUCUAGAAUCUUCCAAGUCCACAUAUGUUGGGUAUGUGCGCAUUGAAUGCAUGUUAUUAACCUCUGAAUGCAAUUCGUCCUCUACAAAUGAUCCAAAAUGCCGCUGUGUGGCUUGUUUCCAACCUGCUUAAGUUCUCCCACACCACCCCACUGCUGUGUUCCUCCACUGACUUCCUGUAGCUGCAGGCAUCAGAUUCAAAACACUGAAUGAAGAAUGGACCAGAUCUAUCUUACCUCAAAGCUCUUAUUACUCCUCACACUGUACCUCACUCCCUCAGAUCUACUAGCACUGCUCCCACCAUCUCUCAGGGUUAGAGGUAGGUCUACAUCUUCUUUGUUCUGGCAUCGAGGUGGUGGAAUGAACUUCUCCUUGAUGUCUGAACAGUCUGUUCAAAGCACGAAUGAAGCCCUAGCUCUUUCUGAAACACUUAAACUACUCUUAUUUUCCCUGUUUGCGUUAUGUAUUGUUGUAUGUUUUUAGGCUGAUGGCAUCCUAAGUCUGUGACUUAUUGAACCAGUGUUGAUGUUUUCAUUGAUAGAGACCUCAAAGCACUCUUGUACGUCGCUCUGGAUAAGAGCAUCUGUUAAAUACCAGGAAUGUAAAUGUACAUGUUAAUUGGUUUUUAGUCCCUGGUGAUGAACAGUGUGAAGGGAAACCAAUGCGAUCACCAAAUACGUUCACAUUACAAGUCAAGUCUUUUACUAAAGAAAGUGACACUAAAGAAGCCCUAACUGCAAAGGCCAUGGACUCUGCAUGCUAAUCUGGUAGGCUCUGAAACAAGGGCAGUUUCUAACAUCUGUUAUUUAAAAUUCAGACAAACAUCAUCAUGUCCACAAUAACAGCGAAAUCCCAGGUAUACUGCGUUUCUACGGCACAUUCCCACAUUUCCCAGUUCCUGUGUUCCUUGUCUGCCUGCCUGUCUGGUGUUAGUUGAACAUUAAAAACACUAAUGUCAUGUGCUUGGUUUAGUUCAUUUUCCCAACAUCCAAAAUGAGAAGUUCAUUACAAUGUUUUUGGUGUGUAGAUAUGGAGUAGUCUUCAGGUUAAGAGUGUGUGGAUCCACAAAUCCGUAAAUCCUGCAUUAGCACCACCAAGUGGACAAAUCUGGGGAUUGAUAUACUGUAUGUGUGUGAUUACAUUUAAUACAUAACUUUUUAUUAGAUAUAUCUUUACUGAGAUAGCAUUUACAAAAGAAGAACAUAUCGAAGUCUCAUGACUGAGAGCCGAAAGCUGGUUGCAAUGGAUUUUACUAGGAAACACGUCCCACACCCAGUCUGCCGCCAAACUGGGAGCCAAUGUUGGGAGAGAUGACUCUAUAACGGCUAUAUAAAAAUACAGUCAUAUUUGCACAAACUCAGAUAAAGUUUUCAUUAGUUUUAUGUAAAAUAAGCUAAUAAAAUACCUUUGAGUUGGGAGUGGUGAGGUUAUUGAGAUAGUAGAAACACUGCAUUUAAGAAAAUGAGCCGUUUCAUCGAUCUUACAGCUCAGCUAUCAAAAUAAUCAUGCACAACUCCCAAAGCUUUGCAGAUUCAUGGCCGAAACGAGUAGCAAUAAAGAUGACAAUUAGAAUUCUAUAAAACAUUUUUAUUGCAUCAUUGCUAUGCAUUUAUUCUAGACAGAUUUUCAUAUUCAUAAUAUUAUCUAGAGAAUCUUAUAACAACUCAUAAUGUAUCUGUGUUCUAUGAAUGUGUGGAUAUAUAUUCGGCAUGCGUAUUUGGCUUGUGUGUGUGUGUGUGUGUGUAUGUGUGCAUGUGUGUGUGUGUGAUAGAUAUAGGGGUCUUCUCACUUCUAAUUGUGCUUCCUCAUUCCCUUUCCUUGCUUCCCUUGCUCACAUCUCGGCUCCUCUUUCUGAGGACGUGAGGAAAGGAUGCCGGGAUGGAAUGUAGACCGGGUGUGGACAGAGGAAUCGAUGGCGAAG